AUGUUCCUGAAUAAGUGCGAGGGGGACCUGGGUGAGCUACGGAAGCCAGGGGACGGCGAGAGCACCCCGCCGGCCGCCGCCGAGGAGGAGCAGCCCAAGAAGAAGCACCGGCGGAACCGCACCACCUUCACCACGUACCAGCUGCACGAGCUGGAGCGUGCCUUCGAGAAGUCUCACUACCCCGACGUGUACAGCCGUGAGGAGCUGGCCAUGAAGGUCAACCUGCCGGAGGUCCGCGUGCAGGUUUGGUUCCAGAACCGACGAGCCAAGUGGAGGAGGCAGGAGAAGAUGGAGGCCAGUUCCAUGAAGCUCCAUGACACCCCUGUGCUCUCCUUCAACCGGCCCCCCAUGACCCCCAACGUGGGGCCCAUGAGCAACUCCCUCCCACUGGACCCAUGGCUGACAUCCCCCAUCUCCAGUGCCACCACAGUCCACAGCAUCCCCGGCUUCAUGGGAGCCCCCCAGGCCCUGCAGCCCCCCUAUGCUGGGCACUCCUUCCUCAACACCCCCCCGCCGAUGGCGCAGGGCAUGCAGCCCAUGGCCCCCGCGCCCUACCAGUGUGGCACCCCCUUUGUGGACAAGUACCCGCUGGAGGAGGUGGACCAGAGGAGCUCCAGCAUCGCCUCGCUCCGCAUGAAAGCCAAGGAGCACAUUCAGACCAUUGACAAGACCUGGCAGCCCAUUUGA